CAGUAGUUCCAUUUGGCAGAAUGGGGGAAUCAGCAGUGCUGAAACUGAACGACUAUUGCUUGGAGAUGAUAUUGUCUCAUUUGAGUAUGGAAGGGCAAAUAAGUUUUGCCCAGACCUGCCAGAGGUUCCGGGGAGUGUUUAUGGGCUGGUCCCGUCGAGAGUUUGCGAGUAUUUGGAUCGUAGGAGAAGUCUUGGCUGUGGAACUGAGGCUGCUGACCGUGGUGGCUAUGAGUGUGAAAAAGCUUACUAUCCAUUGCAAUGAUCUAGUUAGUUGCUUUGACUCUCAAUACACAAAUCGCAGCCGCAAUAUUCUAAUCAAAAACUUCUGUAGACUGGUUCAAAGCAUGCGAAAUCUGCAGUUCGUCAAAAUCUGGGAGGGAAAUCGGCACUCGACAUCGAUCAGCAAGCAUGUGCUCCGGAUACUAAAAGACUCAUCCCAACUUAGACAACUACACAUCUGUACUCUCAAGCUUGAAACGACACAAAUUAGAAAGUUUGAGCAGAUUGAGAUCCUCUACAUAGAUGUGAAGCUAACAGCCAGAGAUCUGCUACAGUCCUGCAGAACAAUGACAAGUUUGCAGACUCUACAUCUUACCGAUCAAGUGAGCAGUGCGAGACUCAGGGAAGUCCUGGCACACCUACCCUACCUACGGGACCUGAGCUUCGUGAUUGAUCGCAGUGACUCCAAGCACUCGAAACUAUAUGACUGCUGCCAAGACGCAAGCAGCUCCUUGUCAAUGCUCUUCGAUUUCCUGGCUAGCCAGAGGACCACCUUGCUAUCGCUCAGUGUAAAGGGCCAGAUAUGUGCUGUUCACGAAGCCGAGUCGCUGGCCAGCAUCAAGUCACUGGAGGUCCUUGACUGUAACUUUUCUAACCCCGAUUGUGUGCUGCUCCUCGCAGGGCUGUCAUCCCUAAGGGCCCUGCGUAUCACGUACCUCCAGCAGAUGGAUAUAUCCUCUGCGUAUCUGUACCUGAUUCGACAGUGCCGCGAGCUGCGCUUUCUGCGCAUCUUCGACUACAACAUCAAUCCGGACUUUGUGAGGAAGGCCUCCGAAGUGCUACAAGAUGUAGAAGCGAAAAAGCCCUUAAAACUUCUUAUCCACGGUCGACACAACUCCUCAACAUUAAGGGAGUUCACCUCCAUGGCUGAAGAUACGAAAAAUAUCAUAUUCCGCUCAUUAACUGCCACUGAACUGUUUACUUUAAUAUGAAAUGAAGUGUUGGAUAUAAUUUUACCGUUUUAGUUUACCGUUCUAUAUAUAAGCGAUAUAUAAAACGGAGCUGUUACAAGAGACACGUAGUGGUUCGGUUAAACGUUUAUUUGAGAGUGAGUAAAGUGGUAUAUACAUUAUGAGCACGAUACAAUACAGUAUUUUAACUGUAGGUAACUGAAGGUUUAACUGAAACACAAUAAAUAUAUACAUAUGUACCUAUUCGCAAAAAAUAAUCAAAAGAAUUUCUCAAAAGAAAAAUGUGAUUAUAUAUGGUAUGUGUAUUUUUGAGAAGAAAAACUCCGACACGUCUUUAUUAGUUUCCCCCGGGGGCUGGUGCCGAAAAAAAGUUAAAAGUAAAAACAUUUCUGAUGAUUGUGGUAGGAGAAUUGGUGGUUGGGGUAACGAUAUUUUCAAUUAUGCGAAACUCCGAACUGUUAAUGAAAUCUGUCAGAAACAAUUUGGCAUAAUUUUUCACUUAAAGCCGCCAACAAUUUAUAAUUAGAAAAUGCUGCGAGGAGCAACAAAGGAAAAAAUUAAAUAAAUAAAAUG